GAUGAACCUCAUCUAGUGGCGAACCUGCAGAACUACAUUCACAAUAACCAACCAAUCACACGCCUGGAAAUGUGGUAUUUAUAACACGUCAUUUCCUCCCAGCGUCCUCUUUUCACCGUGUGGUCAGACUUCCAUACGGCGUUGUUUCGUGCUCUCCCAUCUAACUCGUAACGCAGGGAAAGUGGUCACGAUGUCCGGAGGUCUGGAUGUCCUUCAAAUGAAGGAGGAGGAUGUGCUGAAGUUCCUGGCUGCAGGGACCCACCUGGGAGGCACCAACUUAGACUUCCAGAUGGAUCAGUAUGUCUACAAGAGAAAAAGUGACGGUGUGUACAUCAUCAACCUGAAGAAGACCUGGGAGAAGCUGUUGCUCGCUGCCAGGGCCAUUGUUGCCAUUGAAAACCCGGCUGACGUUUGCGUCAUCUCUUCCAGGAACACUGGACAGAGAGCUGUGCUAAAGUUCGCCUCUGCCACCGGUGCCACCACCUUCCACGGUCGCUUCACCCCUGGUACAUUCACCAAUCAGAUCCAGGCAGCUUUCAGGGAGCCCCGUCUCCUGAUUGUGACUGACCCUCGUGCUGACCAUCAGCCACUAACUGAGGCUUCCUACGUCAACAUCCCCACCAUUGCCCUGUGCAACACUGACUCCCCGCUGAGAUAUGUGGACAUUGCCAUCCCCUGUAACAACAAGGGUCACCACUCUGUCGGUCUGAUGUGGUGGAUGUUGGCCAGGGAGGUUCUAAGGAUGAGGGGAACAAUCUCCAGGGAGCACCCAUGGGAGGUCAUGCCUGAUCUGUACUUCUACAGGGACCCUGAAGAGAUUGAGAAGGAGGAGCAGGCUGCAGCUGAGAAGGCUGUUGGAAAGGAGGAGUUCCAGGGUGAAUGGAGCGCCCCUGCGGCUGAGUUUACCCAACCUGAGGUGGCUGACUGGUCAGAGGGUGUAGCUGUGCCAUCUGUUCCCAUCCAGCAGUUCCCUGCACCUGCUCCAGCUGUUGCAAAGACAGGCGAAGUCUUUUCUGAGGACUGGAGUACUCAGCCUGCUACAGAGGACUGGUCCACAGCCCCCACUGCCCAGGCAACUGAAUGGGGUGGUGCCACUUCUGAUUGGUCUUAAAUUAUUGACCAUGGCAACAAUAAAACAGUGUUUUUUACACUUGA